GAGGGAGCCUCCUGGAGGCCACCAGCUGUGGCCUUGUGGGUCAUUUGGCUCCCCUCCCCCCCCCCCAGCUGCCUGCUACAGUUUUUGAGUUUGUGGCCUCUUUGAACGGCUUGUGUGCACCCAAGGAGCCUUGGACGGCAGGCGAAGUCCUUGGUCGAGGUGGUUUCUGACGCUACCAUCUGCCCAGCGGGCGAGAGCUGCCCUGAGGCGGAGUGCUCUCCCCGGAUGCGAUUUUGGGGGAGCUCUCACUCGACCUUGUACCUGAGUCACCCGAGUCGUUGGCUGAGACUCUUCCUGGUUCUUUCUGCUCAGGGCGUGUGUGGCCAGCUUGAUGGCAAAGCCAGUUCGUUUGGCUCUGUCUUGGGCUCUGUCUUGGUCUUGUUGGGAGGGCCCGCACAGGGAGAGGGUGGGCUCCUGGACUUCUGGAAAGGCACGCGGGCCUGAUGCCUCAUGGUUGAUCUGAUGUGAGGAAGGCGUGUUUUGAUAAGUUUGAAAGUGUCCAGAGGAUCAGUUUUAGGGGCUGCCAGAGAUUGGAGAGCCCCAGGCCCUGAGCUGGGGGUCCGAAGGUCCGGGUAACCUCAGACACGGCACCGGGCGCCCUCGGUCUCAGUGAGGAACCAUCACAGUAAAGCCCAGAGGUAACAUGAUGGUCAGGAUUAUUCUGGACAAGCAAGGAUUCCUGUUUGGUAUGAAUGUUUACAGUUGGGUUAUGACCCGUAAAUAUUAAACACGCAUGCGUCUGGACCAAUGCCAUCGGUGAUUGGGUGACUCUGUGGGGGACAAGGGAUGAACUUCCCUUGCAAGGUUCCACGUAAUUUGUGUAGAACCUCCGCCUGCUGGGAGGGGAGCGCGGCUCCUUCCCCCUCAGGUAUGGGCUGUGCGCGGGGAGGCGGGAAGGAGCCAGAUGGGACACGACCUCACCCGGAGAACAUGGUCAAGGCUGACAGCAGCAGGUCACGUUGAGGGCGUGCGAGGGUGUCUGCCUUCCAGCGUGAACUCUCUGAAUCCGCAGGUGUGGGGCUGCAGCCGGAGUCCCCCGGCUGCAACUUCCCUCCCUGAGCCGUGCUGCCAGGGGACCGCUGCAGGGAUGCCCUCGGAGCCUCCUUCCUGCACAGCCCUGGCCACCACCGUGCGCUACAAAGGGAGAAACCUGCGGAUCAAAGCGCCCAUGUGCCGAGCUCUGAAGAAGCUGUGUGACCCGGACGGCUUGAGUGACGACGAGGACCAGAAGCCGGUGCGCCUGCCCCUGAAAGUCCCUGUGGAGCUGCAGCCGAGGAACAACCACGCCUGGGCCCGCGUGCAGAGCCUGGCUCAGAACCCGAGGCUCAGGAUGAUCGUGGAGCUCCAUCGGAAGGUCUCCAGCCUCAUCGAAUUCUUAAAACAGAAGUGGGCGCUCCACGAAGUGCGGAUUCGGAAGACGCUGGAGGACCGGCAGCUGCAGCACUCGCUCGCGGCACCCGCGCAGGAGAAGGUGGCCCUGCACCUGUUCCCCGGAGAGAGCUGCACGCUGACGCCGCUCCCGGGCGUGGCCCGCGUGGUGCACUCCAAAGCCUUCUGCACGGUGCACUGGCAGGAGGGCGGCCGGUGCAGGCAGAGCGCCAGGGACACCCACACAUUGCCUCCAGCGCAGAUCCUGGGCAUCCAGAGCGGCCAGGGCACGGCCAGGGGCCAGGUGAAGUGUCCACGGGGUGGCGCCGAGGGCAAGGGCCCCGGACGUCCCCCUCCGUCCACCGACGCCUCGCAGAGCUCCGGAGAGAGUUCCCCUGAAAGUGCCCCCGGGGAGGGGGCCGCCCCAAGCCUCGGUGGUCUAGACACUCCUGACAGGCUCCAGGAUCCGGGGGCGCGGCUCGAGAAGACCCCCACGGCUGCUCCUGCAGAUGGCCCCGCCCGAGAGCCCGGGGACGUGCCGUGCACCUGCGGCCAGCUCCCAGAGCUGGAGGAGGAGCUCUCCCUCCUUGACCCCUUCCCCCGCUACAUGAAGUCCUGUCAGGACCUCAUCAUCCCCGAGCAGUGCCGAUGCACGGACUCGCGGCCCCCGGGGUGCCCCUCCCCAGAGACUCGUGGUCCUGGCAGCGCGGAGGCGGCUGACCUUGCCCGGGCCGGGGCCCCAUCCCCUGUCCGGGCCCCACAGGGUCCAGAGCUUCAGUCCAGUCCCGGGCUCCAGCCAGAUGUUUGCACUAAAGACUUGGCAGACGCACCUGCGGAGGAGCCCCAGGACAAGGGGAGCCCCCUGGAACCCCUGCCUCAGGGACAGCCUGCCGCCAAGCCUCCGAAGGACGUCCCUGCCAGCCGGCUCGCCCAGCAGCUCCGUGAGGAGGGCUGGAACCUGCAGACCUCCGAAAGCCUUACGCUGGCCGAAGUCUACCUCAUGAUGGGCAAGCCGAACAAGCUGCAGCUGGAGUACGACUGGCUGGCCGUGCUGGGCCCCGAGGGCCAGGCCCCCGGCGGGCAGGCGCAGGGCCCCCGCGGCGGCUCCCCGCCCCCCACCUUCCACAAGCAGCGCCUGCUCAGCUGCCUCCUGAAGCUCAUCUCCACCGAGGUCAACCCCAGGCUGGCUCCAGAAGGGAACGUCAGCUCCACGGCUUCGGCGAGGCCCGCCCAAGAGGAGCAGUCCGCGACCCCGCCAGGGAAGGUGGUGACCGUCAGCUCCCGGAGCCCGCGCUGCCCGCGUAGCCAGUCCGCCCUGCGCAACAGCAAGGCCUUCUCUCCGAGCUCCGCGUCCUGCUCCUCAGGUCUGAGAAACCCGCCGAGACCCCUGUUGGUGGCUGGCCCCUCCAGCACAGGCAGCAGUGACUCAGACGGUGGCCUUUUCGCUGUCCCCACUACUUUGCCGCCCAACAGCCGACAUGGGAAGCUCUACUCUCCCAGUAAGGAGACAGAACUGACUUUCCGUCAGCACCUGAACUCCAUCAGCAUGCAGUCGGAUUUCUUCCUACCGAAGCCCAGGAAGUUGCGGAACCGGCACCUGCGGAAGCCAUUGGUGGUCCAGAGAACACUGCUUCCUCGGCCAUCUGAAAACCAGUCCCACAACGUCUGUUCCUUUUCCAUCCUGUCCAAUUCUUCCAUAACUGGCAGAGGCUCGUUCCGGCCCAUCCAGUCCUCCCUGACCAAAGCGGCCCUGUCUCGGCCGAUUGUGCCCAAGGCCCUUCCACCCCAGGCCCCGGGUCAUCUGGCCAGUGCUAUCGACUUGGCAGCUAAAAGUGCCGGCAUCAUCCCCGGGAGCCCCCUGCCUGUCUUGGACACUGAGGGCUUGUCUGGCAUCUCCCCGCUCUCUUCAGACGAGGUGACCGCUACCGUCCCGGGUCAGGACUCCACCGGCACCCACCAGAACGGAGACCCCAUCCCUGCCGUGGGGGGCGCCAGCGGCCCGUUCGUCAGCGUUCCCUCGAGGCCUGAGCAGGAGCCAGUGACGGACAGUUUCCAGGGCUCACCUGUUCUCUCCUUAUCUGAGCUGGCCAAGGCUCCCCUCCACAACGGGCUCCCCACACCCGUGCCCACGCCGGAGGGCUCCAGCAGCCGCCUGUCCCCGCCCAACGUCUCCGCGCUGCUGGACAUCUCCCUGCCCGGCCCGCCUGAGGACGUGCUCUCGCAGGGCGAGCCCGCUACGCACAUCAGCGACUCCAUCAUCGAGAUCGCCAUCAGCUCCGGCCAGUAUGGUGAGGGAGUCCCUCUUUCUCCAGCGAAACUGAAUGGCAGUGACAGUUCCAAGAGCCUUCCGUCCCCAUCCAGCAGCCCCCAGCCGGACUGGAUCGCCUCCCCCACCCACGACCCCCAGUGGUGCCCCAGCGACCCCACAGACUCGUCGCUCAGCAGCUUGUUUGCGAGCUUCAUCUCCCCGGAGAAGAGCCGGAAGAUGCUGCCGACCCCCACGGGGCCCCCCAGCGGCACCUCUCUGCUGGGCCCCAGCUUACUGGAUGGCAACUCGAGAGACUCCUUCGUGUCCAGGUCCCUGGCUGACGUCGCUGAGGUUGUGGAUUCCCAGCUGGUGUGCAUGAUGAACGAAAACAGCAUCGAUUACAUAUCUCGAUUCAAUGAUUUGGCCCAAGAGCUAGCCAUCGCCGACCCCAGCCGCCGAGAGGUCCUGUUUGAUGGCAGUGGAGGUGGGCCCCCCGUCGGUGACCUGUCCCAGUGACCACACCUCGUCACUGGCAGGGCAUCCUGGAGCCUGCAGAGGAGGGCUCACAUGGCUGGUGGUCCUCAACUGUGGUAGGUGUAGCCCUCUUCAGGCUAGAGAAAACACAAAUCAAGCCCAGGCCCUCCAGAGGACGGUCCGAACAGAGGAACUUCACCCCAGAACGCACAACACGCAGCAAGUCGUGUCCCAACGGGCAGAGGCCAGUGGUGGUGCGGGACACGAGGACGAAUUCUCUGGAAGGGCCUAUGUCAGCCGUGGCCAUGGGGCUGGAGCAAUUCCCUGCCAGCCAUGGGGUCUCCUGUUAGGGUCAGCAUAGCGACCACAUUUCUGCCCACGCUUCUGCCUCAGUUGUUGUGUUCGAUGUUCCAGUGGGCUUUCUUUCUGAGGGAAAGGAAUGGGUGUGCCUUGGCGUAGUCGCUGGUCCCAGGGAGUUGCGGCCUCCCCAUUCUCUGCAGGGAUGCUUCCAGCCACCGCUGCUUUCUUUCUGCCAAACCUAUGCACUCUUGGGUUGCUUUCUCUGCAGAGUGAUGACAGGGAGGGACAGCAGGGCAUGGCCUAGGCUCUGCCUCAUGGGGUCUCUACCCUUAGCAGACCCCUCAGAGGACCCUCGGAUCACAGGGCGGCCUAACGGGUGCCAUCACCGCAGAAACCUAGAGGUUUGUUCUGACUCAAUGGGAAGGAGGAAAGAAUCCUGUUUUACGCAGGUUGUGUGGACUUUUAGGAAAAAGUUCUGCUAAACCGGUUGGAAAAAAUUUUCCUCGUGUUUUGAGAAUUAGGAGAUGUCAGAGAAGAGCAGAGUUUAAUGGUUUCCUUCCUGUGUUCAAGUUUCUUCCCGGUGAUCUGAGUCUCUUCUUGGUCAACUAAGAUGUUCUCUCUCUGUUGGGACCACACUUGAGCCUUUGCCAACGAGCUCCUGAUCUGCCGGCGUGCUGCUGUCCGGCACCUGACCGCACGGGCCCUGUGGGGAGGGGUUUCUCUGCCUCGGCAUCUCCUGUCCCUUCCGUGGGCUUUCGCGCAGAGCCUCCCGGGCGCACAGAUUUCAUCCUUCACGUUAUUUCCACCCCGUGGCCUUCUGUCUCUCCUCUUCCCGCGCAGGGAACGCAAGCAGAGGUCAGAACGCCUGGGUGCAGUCGGAGCACACAAAAACCACAUCCCUCUGGUGUGCUCCCCGGCCCCGGUGACCGUUUGGCAUCGCUGCAGAUGGUUCCGUGCCCGGUCUUCCCGCAGAGCGGAGCCAACAAGCUCCUUUGCUUCUCGGCCUAGGGAGGCUCCACAGACAAAGCACCAUGCGGCCGCAUCCGUGGCGGCCGGGAGCCAGUGCUGUGGUGUUGCUCAGGUGAAACCUGCGUCCCGCCUUCCCACCUGCUGCUUCACCCUCCGCCCCGCAGCCAGGCUCUUUGGCUUCUGAAACCCGCCAGAACUGACCACCGUUUCUCUUUCCUCUUCCCGACUGGCAGCAGAAUGGAGCGGCAGCCUCCCGGGCCAGCCCCGGCCCUCUACGCGGGCUUCUCUCCCGGUCCGCUGUGAAGAGUUGAGGCAGCGUGAAAAGGGAGAAAAGGUCUUAUACGAGCAGAGGGGAUGCUCCUGCUCUCAUCAUCUCAGCAGACGGAUGUGGCCGCUACCGGCUGCGGGCAGGGUCGUUCUCCCCGAGCAGUGGAGGAGGGCAGGCUUCCGGGCAGUAGCUUUCCCUCGUCUUAAGUGUCUCUCAGAGCUCUUGCCUAUAAGGAGGUUUCCCUCUUUCUGGUCUGGGUCUGGGUCCAAAUAGCACCAAUAAAAGCACUCUUCUGGACUCCUACAGAAAGUCCUAAAGCUCUGGAGAUGUGUCAGAGAGGGACAUGGCGCCCCUUUAGUAAGAGAUACGGAUGGCAGCCCUUGAACCACAGCGUCUUUAAACUAGCUUAUGUGGUUUUGUGAUCCAUCCAUCCGUUUCCUGGAAUUAGCGCCCCGUUGAGGUGAUAAGACCAGCAGAUCUGUCCCUGGGCAUCUGACUGUGUUAGGUCUUUAGUAGGUUAGCACACCAGACCAAGUUCAGGCCACUCCUAACUUGCUCCUACUCCCACUGUCUGGGACCAGAGACGCCAAGUAACAUUAUAGCACCGCUGCUGGGAGCAGUGCCUGGUGGCAGUGUGCACGUUGCCAGAGAUGGUAGAAGGUCUUAAGCUGCUUUCCUUAGGGGACGCCCCGAGGCAGUCUGGUGGGUAGGGUGGCCCAGGUUACUCAAUGACACCUAAAAGGAGGACAAGUAGGGAUCUGGAUCAGCUUUUGUCGGCCAUUUAGUGUCUCCUCCCCUUGGGGGCUGGACCACAGACUCUCUGGAGUGUCAUCCAGCUGGGAGGUGGGUUAAUGAGGACAGUGGAUGGAUUCUUCUCACCUGUAAUAAAGCUGACACGAUUCCACUUCUGCAGCAACCAGACAGGUAUAAAUAAGCAUUUGCUCGCCACGCUAAGGGGAAGUGGCGUCGUUAGCAUUAAAAGGAGGGUGUGUGUUCUCCCAGCCUAAAUGUAUGUGUAUAAAAAUAAGCAGCUAAUGUUAAGGGCUGGAAUUUUCGAAAGACCCAAGCAGAGAAACUUCCCUCUUCCUUUAUCUUCCUCUGCCUUCCCGACGAAAGUUGUCAUCUCCGUGUGAACCUCUGGCUUUCUUCGUGCAUUCGAGCACAUUGUGAGACCAGGGCCGUUCCUCAGAAAAUCCCUCCCGAGUCAGUCUACUGCUGUCUGGGAUCUUUUUGCUGAUUCAUCUUCUUUAAAGAUUGAGACGGGAGACAGCUGGUCUCCAGGGAGUUGGUGUGUUUGGGCCUUGAUUCCUAUGGUGACUAUCCAGUGAUGAGCAUUACACUCUAGAAAAUAGAGACAGAAGUCGAAGCUGGAGGCCCCACAUAGGAUUGUUGGUGACAUUUUCCUCAUCUUUCCGUAUCUCCUAGGUGUAGAGUACUUGCUCAGGGAGUGGGGAUAUUUGAAAACAUUUCAUCCAUUGAUCUACUUGCCUUCUCACAUAUCCAACUUAGCAUCAGAAUCCUGGAAAGGGUGUCCUUUUCAGUUUGAUAGCAUCUUUUAACUUGAUCGCAGCAUGGGAUCCAAACUUGUGCAAAGAAAAGUUAUGGAAUAAAAGAUUUUGGAGACCAGUAGAGGAGGAAAGCAGCAGGUUUUUUUUUUGUUUGUUUUUUUGUUUUUUUGAGACAUUGAGAUCUAUCAAAUGCAUUUGUGAGAAAAUAGGGCAGGCACCUUGUCUUAUGAAAAAAAAGGAAGAAACCCACCGCAAACCUUUCCUGUCAGACCUCUCUGGACCCCGCAGUAAUUUGUAACUCACGUUAAGUCUUGGAAGCACUACAGCAACCUGGACCCUUUGUUUUGUAACAGGAUAGCUGGCGCUAGAGCUAUGGUCUGGGCCGCAGAACUUACCGCUGUUUCUUUUGAUAAUCGUUAAGCCAUAUCAUCUAAGGUUUCGGCUUGUUUGAGAUGUGAAGUUGUUUUAUAGAUUAUAAAUAUACAUAUACAGUGUAUGUAUAAAGCAGAAUGCCUGUCCUUCCUGAUUAUUUUUUGUACCAUAUUGUAAAUUAUAUUAUUUAUUCUUUACCAAUUUUGGGAAUAAAAGGUGUUUUGGUUAUUUAAUAUAAUAAACAAAAGCUGUUAAACUUCUUAUGUUUAAAUUUCCAGUUCAACUUGUAAAUCUGUUUUUAUUAUUGUGCAUAAAUACAUACUAAUACUUGAUCUAAUA